AAACAUACCAUUUUUUGUUUCACACUUUUCACAUUUCUUCUUCUUUUAAAUAUAUCACACCUCUUUUUAUUAGUCCCUCACAAAAAACAAUACAAAACGCUCUAUUUCGAACAUCUUCCGACUAAAAUUUCAUAGAAAUCAGCCUACAAAACUAGCUUCAUCACCUAUUUAAUUAUGCCUUGUUUCAAACUCCCCUUGUUUCUCUUCCUUUCUUCUCUGUUCCUCCAUGCUUCUCUAGCUGAAAUUAUUUGCGAAGAUUUGCCCAACGAUGUUUGCGCGUUUGCGAUAGCAUCUUCGGGGAAGAGAUGCUUGUUGGAAACGGGGCUGGAGAAAAAUGAAAAGGAGGAGUACCAAUGCCGGACAUCGGAGGUGAUGGUGGAGAGAAUGGCGGAGUAUAUCGAGAACGACGACUGUGUGCGGGCUUGUGGGGUUGACAGAAACUCAAUUGGCAUUUCAUCCGAUUCCCUUCUUGAGCCACAAUUCACUGCCAAGCUUUGCGCCCCUGCUUGCUGCCACAAAUGCCCCAACAUUGUCGACCUUUUCUUCAAUUUGGCCGCCGGUGAAGGAGUAUUUUUACCAGAUUUGUGUGAGGCUCAACGCGUCAACCCAAGACGUUCAAUGGUGGAGUUGAUGUCUAGCUCUGGGGCAGCCCUUGGCCCUAUUUCAAGUGAAGCUUCAGCUUUAGCUCCAAGCCCAACUCCUCCUAUUACUAGUGAAGUUCCUGAUUCGAAUGAAGCUUUAGCUUCAAUCCUAAGCCCAUCUUCUAUUUCUAGUGAAGCUUCAUCUUCAACUUCGUCUCCAGGCCCAACUCCUCUGCUAGGAUGAUCAAAUUCCUUUGUCAUUCUUGUUAUUAUUUGAUAAUUGGUUUCAUCAAACUUAUUUUGAUUCGAGAUGUAAAUUGAUUUGAGGAAUAAAUACGGAGUAUGGGGUUUGUUUUUAUGAGUGGAGUUUUAGCAUACAGACAA